AUGACGGGUGAUGAUAAGAAUCAAUUAGGAGGUCUUUGGAGCUCAACGGAACGAACAUGUAUCCAUCUCCUCCAAUACACCACCACCACCAAAGCUCGCCUCCUCCAAAUCCACGCUUUCAUACUACGAAACUCUCUUUACAAGAACAAAAACAUUCUUGCCAAAUUCAUCACCACCUGUUCCUCCUUAGCUGCUAAACGAUUCACUACCUCGUCAGAAGAUGCAACCAAUCUCAUACGACAUACCCACAAACUGUUCGAUCAUAUGCCUGACGAACACGACACCUUUGUCAGCAACACCAUGAUGAGAGCUCAUCUCGGUAUUCACCAGUAUGAUGAAUGUUUGAGUUUGUACAUGGAGUUAAGGAGAAAGGGUAAUUUUAAACCUGAUGGUUAUACGUUCUUGACUUUGGCAAAGCUGUGCACUUCAACUUUGGAUGCCCGGAGAAGCCAACAAGUUCACAACCAUGUUGUUAAAGAAGGUUUUGUACAUAACAUGUUUGUAGCUACAUCAUUAGUUGACAUGUAUGCAAAACUAGGACAGAUGAACUGUGCACAGAAACUGUUCGAUGAAAUGCCUGAAAGAAGUCAAGUUUCUUGGACAGCAUUAGUCAGUGGGUAUGCAAAGUGUGGAGAAAUAGACAAUGCAAGAAUGUUUUUCAACCAGAUGCCUAAGAAGGACACACCCGCAUUCAAUGCAAUGAUUGAUGCAUAUGUCAAGGUAGGAGACAUGACACAAGCUAGUAUUUUGUUCAAUGAGAUGUUGGACAAAAACGUUGUCUCAUGGACUAGUAUGAUUGAUGGGUUUUGUAAUCAUGGUGAUGUAGAUACAGCUAGGACACUUUUCAACACCAUGCCUCAGAAAAAUCUAGUUUCUUGGAAUUCAAUGAUUAAAGGGUAUCACCAGAAUAAACAACCAAACGAGGCAUUGAAAUUAUUUCAAGAAUUACAAUCAGAACCCUCACUUGAACCUGAUAAUGUAACAAUUGUGAGUGUUCUUCCUGCGAUUGCUGAUUUAGGAGCUUUGGAUUUGGGUAAGUGUGUUCAUGAGUUUGUGAUGAGAAAGAAGAUGAAUAGAGGAAGUAACAUUUGCACUGCGUUAAUCGAUAUGUAUGCGAAAUGUGGGGAGUUUAUAAAAGCACGAGAGGUUUUUCAGUCCUGGAAUGUUAAAGAAACUGCCACAUGGAAUGCUUUGAUACAUGGGUUUGCUGUUAAUGGGUUUGGUAAAGAAGCAUUGGAUGUGUUUCUUGAAAUGUGUAAAAAUGGAGUGAAUCCGAAUGAGGUAACCAUGAUUUGUGUUUUAUCAGCUUGUAACCAUAGUGGCAUGGUGGAAGAGGGAAUGAAAUGGUUCAAAAGAAUGGAAGAAUUUGGAGUUGCUCAAACAAUCGAGCAUUUUGGUUGUAUGAUUGAUCUUUUGGGGAGAGCUGGGUGUUUAGAUGAAGCUGAGAAGUUAAUGGAUGAUAUGCCAUUUAAAGUUAAUGAGAUUAUUUUGAGUUCGUUUUUGUCUGCUUGUGGUUAUGUGAAGGAUGCUGAAAGGGGUGAGAGGAUUUUGAGGAAAACCCAUGGGAAGGAGUAUUGGAAUGAUGGGAAUUAUAUUACAUUGAGGAAUUUGUAUGCUAGUGAGAAGAGAUGGGUUGAUGUUGAGGAAGUGAAGGAGAUGAUGAGAAGUAAAAAGGCAAGGAAAGAAGUUGGGUGUAGUAGUGUGAUUGAGGGUGGUGAAGUUUGGGGGUUUGCAUCAGGAGGAGGAGAUAGGUUGCAUCCUGAAUGGGUGAGUAUAAAAUUCAAUGUUGGAGAUGUUAUUGGUUCAUAUGAAAAAAGAAUAUUUUACUAA